UUGUCUGGAUGGUAGCACUUUUAUCUGUGAUUCUGACUUCUAUUGAUUUUGGACUCCUAAUUGGUGUUUGUUUUUCAAUUUUUGUUGUUUUAAUAAGAAUUGUUAUACCAGAUCUAGUAGUACUUGGCAACUUACCUAAAACAGAGAUAUAUUUAGAUAUAGAAAGAUAUGAAUGUAAAGAAAUAGAAAAUAUAAGAAUCUACCAUUAUGGAGGAGUCCUAUGUUUCUUAAAUCGAGAAUUUUUUAAGGCUUCAUUAAUGAGAAACCUUUUUGAAAAGUCAAAGUACUAUAUUUUUGUGCAUAUAACUCAGUGGCAUAUAACCCAUGAUGAUAUAUAA